AUGACUCAACCCAGUAGAUUAAACAAAGCUCUUUGGAGGAAUCUCACUGAGCUAAAGUUAUUGAACAAAGACAAUGCGCCAUUCAAGUUCGCACUGGAUAAAUCGCCAUUCCGCGAAGAUGACGACGAUGAGAGUGACGAAUCUAAACAAGAGCAAACAGAACUGCUGAUUAUUGGACGAAUAUUUCCAAAUUGUGAUACAUUUAAAGAAAGUGCUUUCAAAAUAGAAAUCAAACUCACAUCCAAGUAUCCUGCCGACCCACCUGAAGUAAGAUUUCUGACUCCUAUUUACCACCCAAAUAUAACAAAAGAUGGUAAAUUUUGUCAUCCGUUAUUAGUGAAAAGUUUACGAUGGAAACCGCAUACAUCUUUGGUUGAAGUAGUCAAAGUUGUUGCCGAGCAUGUGGAUAAUCCGGAUCUCGAUUAUGCAAUCAAUCUUGAUAUUCGCAAGGAGUAUACUCAUAAUAGACCUGAAUUUGAAUUCAAAGCUGCAAAGAUGAUCAAUGAACAUAAGUUGCCACGAAAUUAA